AUGUCCUCUAUUCGAGCUUGGCAAAAAUUAUCAAACAGGACAGAGCCAUUUCAAUACACAGUAUGGACUGAGUUCACACCUCUUGCAAUCAAAAAUCAAGCUGUCAACUUAGGCCAAGGGUUUCCUGGCUUUAAAUGUCCAGAUUUUGUAAAACAGGCUUUAGCUGAUGCUACAAAUGCUGAUGAAAAUCAAUAUGCAAGGUCGCAAGGUUUCCUGCCUCUUGUUCAAGAAAUUGCAAGGGUAUAUGGGAGAAAGCACAACCGUGAAAUUAACCCUCUCACAGAAGUAGUUGUCACAGUAGGAGCUACUGAAGGAAUUAUGAGCUCGUUUUUAGGGAUGAUUGAUGAAGGAGACGAGGUUGUCAUUAUUGAGCCUUCUUUUGACUGCUAUAUUCCAGCAAUUAUUAUGAAUGGAGGAAAACCAGUAGGAGUGCCACUUAUUCCACCUCAGCCUGGAGAAACUCUUUGGAAUAUUGAUUUUGAAAGGCUAGAAUCUGCAUUUAAUGAGAGGACAAGGGUUUUUAUGAUAAACACCCCGCAUAAUCCUAUUGGAAAAGUUUUUAGCAGACAAGAACUUGAAAGAAUUGCUGCUAUUCUUAAUAAGUGGCCAAAUGUAGCUAUUAUAUCGGAUGAAGUGUAUGAAUAUGUCAUUUUUGACGAUAGAGAACAUUUAAGUAUUGCUGAUUUUUCUAAUUUGUGGGAGAGAACGGUUACAUUAAGCAGCGCAGGGAAAAUAUUUUCUAUUACGGGAUGGAAAACUGGAUGGGCUGUUGGUGGGCCUUAUGUGAUUAAAAAAAUUGCAACUUCCCAUCUUUGGAAUCCUUAUUGUUCUAACACUCCUUGCCAAGGCGCAGUGGCAAGAUGUUUGAGAAUUGCUGAUGAGCCUUAUAAUGGAUUUCCAAAUUAUUAUCUGUGGCUCAGAAAUGAAUAUUCAAGAAAACGAGAAAUUUUGUAUAAUUUAUUAAAAAAUGCAAAAACACUUAAUUUAGACCCAAUCAUGCCGGAAGGAGGGUUCUUUUUGUGCGCAAGAGUUGAUCCAAGUGUUAUUGAUAGAAGUUAUCUAGAAACAGCGACUCCAGAUUUUGCAUUUAGUAGAUGGCUCACAGAACAAAUAAAAAUUUGCACUAUUCCAUGCUCGGCAUUUUAUUUACCAGAGCACAAACAAGAUGGGGAAAAUUUAGUAAGAUUUGCAUUAUGCAAAGAUUAUUCAGAUUACGAGGCAGCAGCUAAAAUAUUAAUUAAUGAUAAUUCCUCCUAA